AUGAAGCUCUGCGCUGGGCUUAUCGCGGCCUCCUGCGGCCUGGCCGUUGCUGCUCAACCCGCUGCCCAGGUUUACCUUGUGCCGGCUCGCGAGGCCUCUUCAUCGACCCCCUCCCUCUCGCCUGCCCUAGCACGCCUCGUUCUGCUACAGCGGCUGGCACCCAGGAGCCAAGGCCCGUCCCUCCGCGACGCCGACGAGCAGGCCGACAUUGCAGAGGCUGUUUCUGCGUUGAACCGGUUCGGAAAGGCCUCCCCGCCACUGUUCGCCGACGAUGACAACGGCGAGCCAAGCCAGCUGGUGAUGAUGCUGGAUGGAAUGUCGGAGGAGCAGAUCAAAGACUUGGGGCGUGCGCUCGGGACGAGGCCGGCAUUUACAAUCCCGGAACCGCCCUCGGCCAAAGCCCAUGAUGAACUGGUCAAGGUUGACCUGGUCGGCACGGGCGCAACGAACGCAGGCGAUUGUGACAUGCAGCAGGUCGCCAACCCGCUCGAGGGUUGCUGGAAGGGGAGGCGAGCUGCCUUUGCAAAGUUUGAUGUCAACAAGAAUUCCGAUAUUGUCAGCAAAGUCGUGCAGAGACUUGACCAGCUCUCUAAGCUUGCCAAGAUUGGCGAGUUGGAGACGACACUGGUUCUCCUACCUCCGACUGCAAACUCCAGACCCUGGUCCGAUCAGCCUCGAGAACUGCGUCGCCGCCAAGCCGAGCAGGUCAUGACGUCGCUGGACAAAACCGCGCGCCCCGUAGCACCAACCUCAUCCGUGGCCGAGAACCUGAUUCUAUACGCCCCCGGGGCCCGCAUCGCAUCCUGCUUCGCCUCUGAAGACAGCUGCAUCAAGGCAACGGGUAACUGCUCUGAGCACGGCUCAUGCCUGGACCGAUACGCCGGACCCGAUGUGAAGGAUGCCGGCACCAAGUGCUUUGCGUGCCACUGCCUGAGCACGCGGAGCGAGGCUGGCGGCCUGAUCCACUGGGCCGGACCGCGCUGUGCGAAGCAGGACGUCAGUGUUGCCUUUUGGCUCUUUGCCGGCUUCACACUUGCCCUUGUCGGCAUCCUGUGGCUGUCCAUCUCGAUGCUGUUCGGGAUCGGGCAGGAGAAGCUGCCGGGCGUGAUUGGCGCCGGUGUUUCGAGAGCCAAGUAG